AUGCUUAGCGUGUCACGGCGGUUGCUCCCGCGUCUCCGCAACUCGCCGUUUUCAUCGUUGCAAUCGCCGGCACCAGCUCAAAACCGUGUCAACACGAAUUGGGAAGUGUCAGUGACGUCCGAUUUGGUUAGUGGCCUACUUGGAGAUGGCUACUACGUGGUCCGCGACGCCUUCCCAGUCGAUGACCAAUUGUAUCCAAAUUCAACACACAUUCUAUUGAAUGACGCGGACAAUGGGAAUAAGCUAGCAGCCAAUACAUUGCUGCUGGAAAAGCACGACAUUUUCGAGACGGAGCUUGCACUGGAUGCCAUUCGAGACCAGUCGUCCGUGCCAUUUUUGAGGGAUUUCUUCGAGCAGCAAGUGGUGUUUGGCUCGCUACAUCAAGCGUUGCCGGGUUGGUUGGGACUGGCUGGUCACAUGGUGAAGGUGCAGCACAACGCUGGACGAGGAUGUUUCCCCAUGCACUUCGACACUUACGGGGGCGACGGCAAAUGUGUCACCGCAGUGCUUUACUUGAAUGAAGAGUGGAAACCAGAAGAUGGAGGAGAAAUUGUGCUCUAUCCGUUUCCUAAAUCACGUGUCGUAGUUCAGCCACGCUUCGGUGAGUUGGUAUUGUUCUCAUCGCAACAAAUGCUUCACCGCGUGAUGCCAGCGACCAAGCCGAGAUAUGCUCUUACGACGUGGAUGAAGUAUCAGACGCGGGGAACGCAGCGAUCAGGGCCAUGGUCUCCAAAGUAUUGCGAUCUUCGUUUCGUAGACAUCUUAUGA